AUGAUGGAAAGCCUCCUGCCUCAUUCACGUCGGUUGAAUGUGGUCGUCAACGAAUGCUUGGAUGCCACAGAUUAUUUCAGCAGAUUCAACAAUGGUGAAAACAGGCUGAAGCUGCACUACGAAUGUACAUGCUCGGGUGACUUGGGUUUCAAGUUUACCCUACAAUGUGAGCUGAACGAUUACUGCUUCUUGGGAGGAGGAGAUGGUACUAAGGAACAGUGUAUUAGUCGAAAGAAUACCUUUGACUUUGUGGUGAAUUCGGAUACUCGAGUGAUUGCAGAUCUAACGAGGAAUACUCAAUUGACCACCUAUCAUUCAGGAUUUUCCUUUGAUGGCAGCUUCCUGACAGUUGGCAACAACGCCUGCGUGGUCGAAUUGAAUUUCACGUACAAUGUCCCAACCGAAGAGGCCAUUGAUACUUGUGACAACCGAUGCCACGAAUUUUUCAUCCAAAACAGCAACCGGACGCAAGAUGAAAUCGAAUACAUUUGUCCCACUGUCACCUACGACAAUGUUGCAUGCAAGUCCUUUCGCAUGGUCAGUUGCCUGUCCGUGAACGAUACAGAUGAAAUUCGAUAUUUCACCAUGCCCGACUGCAGCAAUGUCGAUCCUUGCCUUGGUACAUCUUGUCAACCAUAUCCUCGCAUUGACACUUCACCAGAAGCCUUUCUCUUUCGCUAUCCGGAAUGUAAAACAAGCAGGAUCAACAAUCCUACAGCAUCACCAACAAUGACGUCUCUCUCACCUGUUGGUGAUAAUUCAAAUGUCACAUCAUCAUUGAGUCCAACAGUUUCUCCUCCAAAAAGCACAAGUAUUAUCCCAAUGGAUAGUGCCGGGUUCUCGUUUGGCUCGCAGAAUCGAGGCAUCAUUGCUUCGUGCUUUCUUUCGAUUAUUGUAGCUGGUACCUCGAUAUACUGA